GGCGCUCAGCCCCCCGUUACGGCGGGCCGCUCGCUUUCCUCGGCCCGCUCUUUAGCCCGGCUCCCCUCCCUCAGGCAGCCGGGCCUUCCCAUCUCCUCUCCUCUGCCCGCUCGGCGCGGCCUUUAGCCGGCAGCCCCUGCCCCUCUGUCCCCCCCCGGUGCCUCCCUCGGUGGUUGGUGCUGUGUGAGCGUCGGGCUGGCGGGGGGCGGCGGGGGUCACUCGCACUAAGGAGAGCGGGAAGGGGCGCACCUGCCCCCACCUGAUUGGCCGUGUGCCUCGCGCCCCCGUUUACCAUUGGUUUAGAGAGAGGAGGGGGCAUUGCGCCCCACUCCUCGGAUUGGCUGCGGUGGGGCGAGGAGAGUUUAUAAGGGACAGGCGGGGGCACCUGUGGGCUUCAGCUGCCCCUGCGCGGAGCGGCUCCUCUAGGGCGGCUGUGGGGUUGAUAGGAAGGGCUUGGCAACCCUCGCUGCCAUGUUGGAGGUACCAGGGUGGGCCCGGCCGAGGGCUCCUGCCGUGUUGAGUGCUCUGCAGGCCUGCAGGAUAGAACGAGGGCCAUGUGUAGCUUCUGUGUGUGGGCUCUGAUAGCUGCCCUUGUUGUGCUCAGGUUGGUUUUUGUAGCGGUGUUGGUGGUUGCCUCAGCCAAGUGAGCUGAGGGCCGUGGGAUGGCUGUUAGGUGUGACUGACUUAUUUCUUUAUGGGACCUCCUGCUCUCAAGGUUUGUAGUGUUGAGUUGCUGGAUCUGCUCCUGUGUUGCUCUGGUAUUGAAAAAGUGUUAAACUAUGGAGUUAAAAAGGAAAAAAUGAGGCCUUGGGUCUUUGUCUUAUAGACCCUAAAGAGACAGCUGACCCCAUAAAGGGUUCAUUAUCCUUCAUGUUGUUUGGAGGCUGCUCUUACAGGCUGCUCGUUGCGGAUCCCUGGAAGGAGCCUUUCCAAAGCUUAAAAUCCUCCUUCCCAGGUCUUUCAUUUUUGAACCUGAUCUUCACAGCUGAAGGACUGAGAUGAGUGGGCAGUGUUUGCUGUUUGGUUAUCUGCACACAAUGCUUCCAUCACAUUAGUGCUGUAUUCGUGGUUCUUAUGGGCUUUCAAAGGACGAGUGAGCUCAAGGCUGGCUAUCCCCGUGAAAUGCAUAUCAAUAUUUCUAUUUACGAGUUUAAGCGGCAAUAGAGACUAUAUUGAACUCUUUCUUCUAUUAUGUUUUUCAACGAUCGAAUUUUCUUCCUCUUAGCUAAGUCAGAAGAUGAAACACUUGUGAAUCAACUGAUUCUACAAGAGGGUUAUUGGACUCUUUUGUUGUGAUAAAGUAAUUGGUGGUCUCAAGCUUCCUAACACCUUCAUUUGUAGGAGCAGUAGGGAGGUGUAUUUCUCAAGCUAGUCCUAAAACGAAUAACUUGUCUCCUGAAAUGUGAUGCUUUUUAGCACUUUGCUACGUGCAUUCUUCUCUUGUGUAUGAGCUGUUUGAAAUGAAGACAGCUUUAUUACCUUGGUGUAGGGUGAGAUAUCGACGUGACUGUUGUUAUCUGAUGGAAUAACUGACCGCUUGCUCUUGACAAGAAGUUGGUGUGAGGAGCUUGCUCUCAUCUGACACCUUUCUUUGCUGCUAACCUGCAUAGGAAAUCCUUAGAUGAGCUCUGUGAUGUUAAUUUGCUUUGUAGUAAGCAGCUACUUUCAGUGUGCUUCUGACCACCUGCAGUUGCUGUCAGCUGUGUAAACAACAUUUUAAUUAAUUUGUAAGUGUAGUUCAUUGUGGAGGCUGACUUAAUGUUGUGGAUUUUGUUUUGGCUUAAACAAGAGCUGAGCUGUUUGCCACUUCUAUUUUUUGUGCCAGUAUACCAUAGAAAUACAAGCAGCCUGAUGUGUUAGGUAGGCACCUGCUGUUCAGGAGGCCUGGUUUGUUCUCAGUUUGUUCUCUUGCACUUCACACCAGCAGUCGUUCUGCAGCAGGCAAGUCUUGGGGCUGUUUCUUAAUGUGCAGAAAAGAGGUUUUGUCAUCUGAAAGCAGCGAUUUAAUGCAGAGGGGUGGGAGAGGGAGGAAAGAAGCAGCGCAUUUUGCAGGAAUGGGAGCAAAUUGCAGCUUUAAGUGGGGGUGGCUUUGGGAGGAGGGAUAGGAGAUGAGGGAGGAGGAAUGGAACUGAGUGAGGUGGUGGUGUGGUUUUUGGUUAAAAAGAUGCAUUUGCAACAGUAUAGACACAGUUUGAUACAGAUGCUUUCCUUCUUUUCCUUGUUACUCUCGAGGAAGUGCCUUCCCUGCUUUGUUCCUUUAUCAUUUUUCUCUGUCGUUUAUAAACCAAAUCAAUUAAGUAAAUGAGGUCACUACCUCGAGCAGCUGAAUCCUGAGAUUUGUGGUUUAUGGCAGUGGCAGAUGCUGAGGAUAUCACAGGGACCUGAGAGCGCAAAACAUUUGAAAGAAGAAAAUGACAUGAAAAAUGUAAUAAUGUGUUCAGAAAGCUGAGGAGGAGGAAGAAAUCAAUUAUAGGGGUGACUAAGAAGAACAUGUGUAUAAACAUAGAUUUUAAACUUGUCUCUUUGCCCACUGAGAACAGGAAGGACAGAGACUGUGAGAAACACUUGGUUAUACAAGAACUAAGGCUGCACAGAAGUGUCAUCAAGAGCUGCAUCUCCAAGCAGGUCUGCAGGCAGCUCUGUGCAGUUCUGUACGAUGCAAAUCUGCCUUGGAGUUCACUUGCAGUUCUAGAUUAUCUCCCGUGUUUUGUGGGAUAAACAGACUUGUAGCUACUUAUGUGGUACUUCCAGAGAAUAGCUGCACCAUGCUGUCGUGGUGUUUUUGGAGCUUGGGCAGUGCCCUUUAAUACAUCACACAAGCCCUUUCAUUGAUGCAGCAGGAGAGGACUUGCCUUGGAGAUCUAAGAGGCCUCUUCCAGCUCGUUGUGCUGUGAUGGAUGUGGUGUAAGGAUGCAGCUAGAUCAAUUCAUUAUGUGCAAUUUGAGGAAAGAGGGAGUUGGUGUUUGGCUGAGUUGUUCUAUUUAUUAUAUGGCUAAAUAAAUUGAAGCCAUUUUUCCUUUUGUGGAAAUAAAUAAUCUCUGCUGUCCCAGCCCUGUGUAUGAUUUCUAUUCCUAACUCACCAAUAAAGCAUAAAUAUUGUGGCUAUAUAUUACCUGAUUAUUAACAUGCAGACAAUGCACAAGAGCUGAGUUCCUUGAAACAAUAUGUGGUUUUGAUGAAUGAGGAUGCAGAGGAAGAGACAGCAGUUGUGACUCAGUAGUCAAUGAGGUUGGAACCCCAGCGUGCUUCCCAGCCAUCUGCUGCAGUGGGAGCACCUCCUUGCCAAGGAACCUCAGGAAAUGCACCAACUCUGCCUCCGAAGCAAGCUGGGGUAAUUAACUUAAGUGUGGGAUAUAGCUUUUGCAGACACAUGUGAUGUUCCUUUUGAGGAUCGUAAAUCACUUUCAUAUUAAAAGCUGGAGGAAGACCCGUGGUCAUAAAACCCCCUUUUGUAGCAAUCUUGCUGUCCUUGCAUAUGGUUAACAGUGAAAAAGAGUGGUCAGUGAGCUCAGUACUUAAAGAAUUAAGCUAAUAGCCACUGCUGUUAUUGCUGCAGGGAACUCCGGUCUAUAUGCAAGCCUCUUCUACACUAGGGAGUAAAUCACAUUAGCUUUUUUUAUGUGCCAUUAUUGUAAAGUGGCUUCUCAUCUGAGAUACUGCAGUGGCUUUAUGAGUCCCUGAGAAGGAAAGCAGAUUUCUCCCUUUGCCCAGCUUUAAUGUUCCCCCAUCGCUGUCAUCUCAAAGAAGGGACAAGGAUGGAUGUUUGGCAGCUGCUGGCUCCGCUGCUUUCUCAGCAGAAUGUUCUUAAUUGAACUUGGAGAGCUCUCUGCAGAUGAAGUCUCAGGAGUUUUUGUCUGUAUCUCCUGUGUAGCCCAAUGGUUGAAGGAAAGUCUCAUUCCCUAAUAGCAGCUGUGUGAAGGUGUAUAGGUGCUGUGUAUAGGUGCUGUGUAUAGGUGCUGUGUAUAGGUGCUGUGUAUAGGUGCUGUGUAUAGGUGCUGUGUAUAGGUGCUGUGUAUAGGUGCUGUUGAUCCUUUUUAUGACUUUCAGAGCUGAACUUCUCUUUGCAGCGCUGUGUGGCUUCACUUUUCAAUUUCUGUCAAAAAUCCUUGCAUGCCAAAUAAAAAGAACAGCUGCUUUGCUGUCUUGUGAGCCCUUUUCUCAAAGCGCUGCUCGAUCCCAUUCCCAGCUGAUGGGGUCGCAGGGGCACUGCAGGGUGGUGUGGUCUGCCUGCAGGUAGGCAGUGCUUUCAUCAGCUCUCGCCCUUGGCAGGCGGAUGUCUGCUGCUGAGGACAGCAAGGCUAAUGAGGACGUUGGUGUUGGGUGGUGAAUGAGGUGCUUUGCCCUGAGCAGAGUUCAUCCAGAGCUGAAUGCAGCAAAUAGGGAAAGCUGCUGAUUUAAUGAUACAGCUUCAGAUGCUGCUGGAAUGGGAGAGAGGGGUUACAGUGUAUUGUGGAGGUCAGAAGGAGUUCUCAAGUAAGUUUUCCUCGAAGAUGAAGAGCUGGUCAAACACAAAGAGGCUUUCCAUGCAGAGGAGAGACAUCACCAUUAAUGAGCAUUCUGGAUUGGAUGAGGAAGAACUGAAGAUGAAGGCCAUAGGUCUGUGGCAGCUGCAGGUCUGCAGUGGGUGUUAAGAAAAGGAGGGUAAAUACAAACAGCAUCCUGAAAUGAACCAGUUUCCUCCUGGACAGGUUGUUGGUUUACCUGCACUUACCCAGUGAGGCAGGCAGCUGCGUGUUUUGGUGCAUAGGUAUAGAGGAGAGUUCUGUUCCUGUCCUGUGUCUGCUGACUGCACUCUGAUUCCAGACCAGAUGCUUAGCAGCUGUGCUGAGGUCCUGUAAUGAUCUGAAGUCAUGGAGCUGUGCUAUCAUGCCAUGUUUGCACUGCAUCCUGUUGCUGCUUUGCUGUUCUGAUGCUCUGCAGUGCUACUGGGUUAAAUUUAUACCCACUGCUGCUCCAGCUCAUGUCCUUACCCGUAUGGAUUGGGUGAAGCACACCUGCUAUUCUGGGGAGGAAGAUGCUGUCUUUAGCUAUUGUAAAUGGUUUAGUAUGUUGUCACUGCUUCCUGCUCGUGUGCAUGCUGCUUAUCUGGCUGUGUGUAGGUGUUGGGGUGGUCGUGUGUUGGAUGACAGCUCCCAAAGUGUGUGUGCCCCGUUAAGGUGCUUGUCGUGGCGUUUUGCUCUAUUGGAAAUGCCUGGUGUUGUAUGGGCAGAAACCUCAGCAGCUGCAAAGCACAGCCUGGGGGCACACAGUGCAGAGAGCAAGCAGAGGCUGUCCCCUUGUGUGCCAGUAGCUGGGUAAUACUGGCACUUUGAUUUAAGCCUGAAGUCUCACGCUUCUGCUAAGAAACUAACGAAGCUUGCAGCUAGACCCUGUGAGAGAGAAAAGUGCUCUUCUUUACCUGCAUCUCCCAAAGUGCUCUUGUUAGCAGGAUUGAUGGAGGCACCACGUGGCCUGACGUACUCAUCCUGCUUCCUCUGCAGCUGAUUUGAUAGGAAUAAAACGCUGAGGCUCUGUGUGCUGAGCUGGGCGUCUGUUGCUUCCUUGUGCUGUGUGACAGCUCUGCUGAUUGAAACCCACUGGGAAAUCAAUAAAAUCUUGAGGCUGUCAGUGUCACAGCUGUAAUGAUCUUUGAUGGGGGAUAUGAGGAAGAAAAUAAGGUCAUGCAGGAUUAAUUAGGGAGCGUCCUAUGUAGAAGGACGUGGGAACAAAGUUGUCGUGUCAUUCUGUGCUCAGUGUAGGGGAGGUUCCUCGGGUGCCUGUUGGUGUCGUGGGUGACUUUGGUGAUAACAGAAGUGAUAAGAAGUCGGAGAUGGAGCAGUGGUGUAGGAGUGCAUCCCAGGGGGUUGGAUUCCAGGCCUUAUUUUGUGGUACAGAAGCUCAACAAAUCCUGCAGCUCGCGUUCUCUGGCUGUUAUUGCUACACAACUGUCUGCAUGUAUUUUAUUUCUCCAGGAAGCAGCCACAGCCAUGUUACUGAAGAUCCCCUUGUCUUCUGGAAGUAGAAGCACAGUGAAGAGAUGAAUCUAUUCAGCCAGACAUUCCUCCAAUAGUUAUUUCCCAUCGUGGAGCACCACGGCAGGGAGGAGAUGGACUCGAAAGAAGAAAGUCCUCAGGUGUGGCCUGACUCUGCUGAGCAGGACCAGAAUGCUGCUCAGGUGCACUUUGUCCCAGAAGCAGGGACAGUGGCACAGAUCGUGUACAGCGAGGAGCAGGAGCGUCCCUCCCAGCAGGUGGUGUACACAGCAGAUGGCACCUCGUACACCUCCGUGGACACCUCGGAGCACACGCUGGUUUACAUCCAUCCCGUGGAAGCUACGCAGACUCUGUUUACAGAUCCGUCCCAAGUGGCUUAUGUCCAGCAGGAUGCCACCACGCAGCAGGUAACUGUGCUCUUGCCUGCUGCUGCUCAGAGCAUGAAUCCCACCAACCUGUCUGUGCUCGGCAGCGUUGCUGAAUCCCCCCAGCAAAUGGCUCUGGAGCAGGGUCAACAAGCAGAUAGAGCAUCGUUACCGGUGCAUAACCAGGUGUUACCUCCUAUGGAGGCAGUGGAUGGUUCUGACCCUCUGGCACCGCUGCAGAAUCAGAUGGAAAGGAUGGAAACAAAAGAGGAAGAUGACGAGGAUGAAGAAGAUGAUGAAGAUGGGGAAGACACUGACAUGGAUGAAUGGGAUCCAGAUCCACCUCGACCAUUUGAUCCCAAUGAUCUGUGGUGUGAAGAGUGUAAUAAUGCACAUCCCUCCGUGUGUCCAAAACAUGGACCUUUGCAUCCAAUCCCAAACCGGCCUGUGCUGACCAAGGCAAGAGCCAGCCUCCCCUUGGUGCUCUACAUAGACAGGUUUUUGGGAGGUGUCUUCUCCAAAAGGCGUAUCCCCAAACGCACACAAUUUGGACCUGUAGAAGGACCCCUGGUUAGACAAACUGAGCUCAAAGACUGCUAUAUCCAUUUGAAGGUGUCUCUUGAUAAAGGUGACAGAAAAGACAGAGAUUUGCAAGAGGACCUGUGGUUUGAACUUUCUAGUGAGGCUCUUUGUAACUGGAUGAUGUUUGUGCGUCCAGCUCAAAACCAUUUGGAGCAGAACCUGGUUGCUUAUCAGUAUGGCCACCACAUUUAUUACACAACCAUUAAGAACGUGGAGCCCAAACAGGAACUCAAGGUGUGGUAUGCUGCCUCUUAUGCAGAGUUUGUGAACCAGAAGAUCCACGACAUAUCUGAGGAGGAACGCAAGGUUCUCAGAGAGCAAGAGAAGAACUGGCCAUGUUACGAGUGCAACCGUCGUUUCAUGAGCUCAGAGCAACUUCAGCAGCAUCUCAACUCCCAUGAUGAGAAGCUGGACUUCUUCAGCAGAGCCAGAGGAAGAGGUCGUGGGCGAGGAAAAAGAAGGUUUGGACCAGGCAGGCGCCCGGGACGCCCUCCCAAAUUCAUGCGUAUGGAAGUAACCAUUGAGAAUGGAGAGAAGUGUGAAGAAGGAACACAGGACUUGCUGCAUUUUUCCAGCAAGGGGCAGUUUGAUGAGGCCAGACAAGCAACACUGAAUGGGCUGGAGCAGCAGGAACAGACUCCAGUGCCAUCAGAGACACAGUCGACACUGGAACAGCAGUCAGAAAACCACCCGCUACAGAUCCAGCCCCAGCACGAUGAGAGUGCAGUGCCUACACAGAGCACCAUGACAGCAGAUGACAUGAGGCGAGCAAAGCGUAUCAGGAAUGCAGCUCUUCAGCACCUGUUCAUAAGGAAAUCCUUCCGCCCAUUCAAAUGCCUCCAGUGUGGGAAGGCGUUCCGGGAAAAGGACAAACUGGAUCAGCAUCUGAGGUUCCACGGCCGGGAAGGGAACUGCCCUCUGACUUGUGACAUUUGCAACAAGGGCUUUAUCAACAGUGGUUCUCUCGAGAGCCACAUGAAGUUCCACAUGGACCAGAAAACAUAUUCCUGCAUUUUCUGUCCCGAGUCCUUUGACCGUUUGGAUUUACUCAAAGAUCACGUGGCCAUUCAUAUCAUUGAUGGCUAUUUCACCUGUCCUACCUGCAAAAAGCGCUUUCCAGACUUCAUCCAGGUCAAGAAACACGUCCGCAGUUUCCAUUCAGAAAAGAUUUAUCAGUGCACAGAGUGUGACAAGGCUUUCUGCCGCCCUGACAAGCUGCGGCUCCACAUGUUGCGGCACUCGGACCGCAAAGACUUCCUGUGCUCCACGUGUGGCAAGCAGUUCAAGAGGAAGGACAAAUUGCGAGAGCACAUGCAGAGGAUGCACAACCCAGAGAGGGAGGCCAAGAAAGCUGAUCGAAUCAGCCGCUCCAAAACUUUCAAGCCUCGGAUCGCUUCCACUGACUACGAGAGCUUCAUGUUCAAGUGCCGGCUGUGCAUGAUGGGCUUCCGCCGCAGGGGGAUGUUGGUGAAUCAUUUAUCAAAGAGACACCCAGACAUGAAAAUAGAAGAGGUGCCAGAGCUCACGUUGCCCAUCAUCAAACCCAACAGAGAUUAUUUCUGUCAGUACUGUGAUAAGGUGUACAAGAGUGCCAGCAAACGCAAAGCACAUAUCCUGAAGAACCAUCCUGGUGCUGAGCUACCUCCAAGCAUCCGGAAACUGCGCCCUGCAGGCCCAGGAGAGCCAGAUCCCAUGCUGAGCACCCACACCCAGCUGACAGGCACUAUAGCCACCCCUCCAGUCUGCUGUCCUCAUUGUUCCAAACAGUACAGCAGUAAGACAAAGAUGGUACAACACAUUCGCAAGAAGCACCCGGAGUUUGCUCAGCUCCCUAACACUAUACAUGCCCCACUGGCGACAGCUGUCAUCAGUUCCACUCCUGCAGUCCUCACCACUGACAGCACUACUGGAGAGACUGUUGUGACAACAGACUUACUGACACAAGCAAUGACAGAGCUGUCCCAGACCCUCACAACAGACUAUCGGACUCCCCAGGGCGAUUACCAGCGAAUCCAGUACAUCCCUGUGUCUCAGUCCACAACUGGCUUGCAGCAGCCUCAGCACAUUCAACUGCAGGUUGUUCAAGUGGCCCAGGCUACCUCACCUCACCAGUCUCAGCACUCCACAGUGGACGUUGGACAGCUUCAUGACCCCCAGACAUAUACCCAGCAUGCCAUCCAGGUGCAGCACAUCCAGGUCGCAGAGCCAUCACCCACAGCUCAGUCAUCAUCACAGGUUGGGGGUCAGCCUCUGAGUCCCUCCUCACAACAAUCGCAGCAGGAACUCAGCCCCUCGCAGAUGCAGACAGCUGCAUCUACACAAAACCAAGCCCUCCAGCAGCAGCAAGGAUCUUCAGUCCAGCACACAUAUCUUCCCAGCACGUGGAACUCAUUUCGGAGUUAUUCAUCCGAGAUUCAGAUGAUGACCAUCCCUCAAGGCCAAUAUGUCAUCACAGAGACUGCUGUAGGUACACCUGUCACCACUGUCAACACAGGGCAAGUGAAAGCAGUUACUCAGACUCACUAUGUGAUAUCUGAAGGUCAACCUGAUCUGGAUGUCAAACAGAAUUCCUCACUCUCCAGUGAGGUACAGGUUGGUGUUUCCCAGCCACCAACCCACACUGAUACGCUGGAAUCUCAAACAAGUAAUCAGCAGCAAACAACCCAGUACAUAAUCACUACAACUACCAAUGGAAACGGGGGCAGUGAAGUGCACAUCACUAAACCAAGAACUUUCUCAGCAGAACACGAAUGAAGAAGCAUUGGGGUGCCACCUGUAUUUUUCACCUCCUCUAAAAGCCCAAGUAUAUGGGUAUCCUGGAGCUCAUGUGUUUUAAAGUAUAUGCUCACUUCAGCUAAAAUCCUGGAGCUCUUGUUAGUGCUUUAAGAGGGUUUAAGUCCUCAGUGACCAUGAAGAAUUACCCUCAAAAUCCUUCUGGGAUGCCAUUUUAUGCAGCUUUUAACAAAAAGGACAAGAGGAGAAAUGAAACCUCUGCUUGCCCUGGACUUUUUUGGCAUGUCUGCUGACCCUAAUUUUUUCCUUCUGAGAAGUGUCUCUGGUAGCCAUCUACUAUUUCAAUUGUAAGGGAGUAGCUUGCCCACCUGAAGGCUAAUUGGCAGGUUAUGUUGUAUGUAUAUUUGUAAUAGGAGCUGUUAAACAAGAGGACAUCAUGUAAAUUGCUGGAAUAUGGCAGAACUGCUUUCUCUGUCUUUGUUUCAGCAGCCAAGGUGAAAGGGAAUAUAAGCUUGAGAGCAGACUUCUUGGAGAAAAAGAGCGGCAGUGAAGCGGUGACUCUUUGCCUAUGUGUGGGGAUGGAUAUUGUAAUGAAGCUGUGACGACGUGCAGAAGCAGUCCAUUAAAUUAUUAUUUUUCCAACCUUCAAACUGUUUACAUGCUGUCUCACCUAUCCUACUUUACCAAGCAGUUCCAGAAAAAGGAGAAGUGCAGCCUUACGUUCGGAAUAAAACAAUAGCAGCACGUAACAGUAGUACGGAGCCACUGUUAUUGUUUUUCCCUCCAGAGUUUGCAGGGGAAAACACCUUUUUGCCCAUAAACAAAAAAGGUUUACCUUAGCCUGCAUAGCAGCUUCUGCUGUGAUCUCUAACAAUAGAUCUGCCAGGAGAAAUGGCUAUAGAAGCACACCUUCUGAAAAUGCAGGGUAGUCAUCUCUGUUGCCACCUCAAAGUUGGAUGUAUCUUUCUCUUGAAGACUGGAUGAAGAGUUGGUUAUGCUGGUUUUCCAAAUACCUUGUUAACAACACACUAAUUCCUCUGGACAGUUUCUUAAAAUGACCAGCCUUGGACUCAGGAAACACAAGAAAAAUACCAGUGGACCACUAUUUACAGGACACAGAAAGCCAUCUGCAAGAGUUGCCUGCUUUGCUAGACCUGGUCUAUGUACAGAACUCAUGUUAUGUCUAGGGACAAGGAGAGAGGGAAAGGUGUUUGUUUCUUUUUUCUUUUAAGGCAGUGUAUUUUUUUCUUACAUAAUUCUCCUUCACAGGUCGUUGGUUGGUUAUUUAAUGCUUUUUGGUAUUUGCAAGAGUACGAUUACAACACCAUAUACUGUUGAUGGGCUGUACUGUAUAUGUCUAAAUGUUCAUUCAUUCUGCUUGAAACCUCAUCCCAGAAUGUCAGUGCAUAACAGGAUAAGUUUAUUUAUGAAAUUGAAAGCAGAGAAAUUUUGUCAUAAUGGCCCUUGAGAAAGGCCAUUAUGAAGAACUAAAAGAGGAUCUCAGUUUUUUAAUUUUCUCUUACGCUGCAUUGAGUGCAAAUCUGGAACUGUGGUAUAAUUGUUUCUGCAGAUUGAGAUGGAGUUGAAUCAUGUGAGUAGUGUUACACAUGUAUACAGGUUGUGGUGCCAGGCCUUACAGAGGCAAAGCUCUUAGAUAUGAGAGAACUGAACACUCAGACUUGGAAAGCAGAUGUCUUGUUACUUGCUGGCAAAGCCUUGUAGCAUGUAUUCCCUUGGUAAAUAUAAAUAACACAUCUAUUAAUAUGGUGUGGAAAUAGUGACUGUGCAUGAUGAGAAAUCCUGAUUAAAAUACUGGCCAGUCCAGAACUGUUUCAAGGUAGCUUUGAAGUGAUUUGCUAAAGUAUAGAUGAAUUUGUGCCUGGGAUUUCACUUCUCUUCCUGCAGCCGCAGUAGUGGGGCAUUAACUAAUAAUUGGGGCAUUGAUGAGAUUGGUAAGUAGUUGAAGACCUGAGCUCCCAUUUAGUCAAGUGCAGUGAUGAGUCUUGGUUCGGUGGAUUUGGGAGCUCAUCUACUUUAGCAGUGCAGCCAUGCAGCUGUGAUUCCCCUUGAUUCAUUUGAAAUCAUGUUGCUGAGCACUUUUUAAAUAACAGGCCAUUGCAAUGUUUGUAUGGGAGAAUAGAAAGGAGCUCUUCAUAUUGGCUUUGCCUCAGUGUCCUUUUUUAGGAAAGGGUCUGCUGUAUGAACAACACAAGUCAAACAUGGGAUAUGGGCAGUAGGAAAGUAGAAGACUUGGAAAUUAAAUAAUUGCAAAUGGAUACUGCUCUACAGGAGCAUUUUUAAAGUCUUAAAGCCAGAAAUCUUUGGUAUCAAACUUUGUCUUUAAUGAUUUUGCAAAUGUGAAAUUAAAAAAAAAAAAAACAACUUUGCUUUAUUCAACUUUGGGAAAGGUCACAGAAUGAGGAUGCUUGCUCUUGUACCAGUUUUUUAAAGCUGAAAAGUGCAAAGUGUUCCAGAAAACAGUUGUAAAAUGGCAUCUUUGAACUCAUACCUGCUUUAUUGAAAUUUCCGCUCUGUCCCACAGCAAUAGCAGUGUACUCAAGCCAUCAUCAGCUUGACACCAGCAUUAAGUGAUUCAUCGUGUCCUCAGUCAAACUGAUGCUUUGUGGAGGGAGAAGCAUGUCUGGAAAUCAAGUAGUGUGAAUUUUCAUUCCAAAGUAAUUAAGUACAGUGACUUCCCAGAGCGUGGGGGGAAAGCUGAACAGCUCUGCAGAGCAGUUGUGCUGCAGGGCUUGCCAUUAAAAGGAAAGAAGACAAAGACAACAGUUUGCAUGGAUUUUUUCCAACUUCUGCAGUGCAGAAGACAUAGCAUUUAUAGUUGUUUUUUAACCAGAGCCACCCCAGAGAUCUGUCUUCUAAAACAAUGUCCUCCUGGAGCUUAACUCUGCAGCACUGCUACCUGCUCAAAGAUGGGAAUUGCUGUGGGCUCUGCUUGGGCUCAUGCUUUUCUGUGUAGUGUUCCGGGUCGGAUUCUGUUGUGGUUUUGUUUUUGUUCUCCACUACCCCCCAAAAAUA